UCCGUCCCGCCCGGCAGCACGGCCGCGGUCACCACCAGGUGGCGCCGUGAGCGCCCGGCCCCACGCAUCUCAACCCGGAGGAAGGAGGGGACCGGAAGGAGCCGCCGCUGCUGCGGGAAGUGGAGGAGCGGGAGGCGGGGACCCACCUGGAAGCGCCGCGGCGCCGCUGUGGAGCUUCCUGCGGCGGAGGGCGCUCGAACCAGUGCGCGGCGGGGGCCGAGGGCGGCCACGCGGGCGGCGCCUCUCCGAGUGGCCGGGCCCGGCGCGAGAGAUAACAAGUUGUGCUAGUACAGCCGUAUAAAUAACUCCUGAAGUCUCAGUGUAACGUGGACAUUAGCAGUGAUGACACAUAAAUGCAGUACUAGGCGAAACCCUUCAAAAGAGAGACGUUUAAGAGGGUCUAGUAUUCUUCGAGGCUGAAGCUGAGAACCGGAAGCUUAAGCUCUAUUGUAGAUCAUAGCUUCAUCUGCUCAUAUAAGGAAAAGAAGGAAUAUUUCCACAAUGAUAGAUCUUUGGUUAUACAGGUUUCCCAAUGAGUGGAUCAUGAUGACCGUAUGGUAGGGACUUGCCAUAGUAUGGCUGCUUCCCGAUCUACUCGUGUUACAAGAUCAACAGUGGGGUUAAACGGCUUGGAUGAAUCUUUUUGUGGUAGAACUUUAAGGAAUCGUAGCAUUGCUCACCCAGAAGAGAUCUCUUCUCAUUCUCAAGUACGAUCAAGAUCACCAAAGAAGAGACCAGAGCUUGUGCCAGUUCAGAAGGGAAAUGCUAGUGGAAGAACUUGUGAUGUAAAACAGCAGAGUGCGCGAGAAGCGUGGGUAAGCCCUAGGAAAAGAAGAUUCUCCUCUUCCGAGAAGGAUGACCUAGAAAGGCAGGCCUUAGAGAGCUGUGAAAGAAGGCAGACAGAGCCAGCAGCGCCAGGCCUGAGGAACAUUAAACGCUGUUCUAGAGCUGAAGCCUCAAACAGCUCAGAGGAAGAUUCGCCUGUAAAACCAGACAAGGAGUCGGUAGACCAGAGGACAGUAGUGGACCAUGAUGCAGAGUUUCAAGGGACUAAACGAGCUUGUCGAUGUCUUAUAUUGGAUGAUUGUGAGAAAAGGGAAAUUAAAAAGGUGAAUGUCAGUGAGGAAGGGUCACUUAAUGCUGCGGUAGUGGAAGAAAUCACGGGCUAUUUGACUGUCAAUGGUGUUGACGACAGUGACUCGGCUGUUAUAAACUGCGAUGACUGUCAGCCUGAUGGGAACACUAAACAAAAUAGCACUGGUUCCUAUGUGUUGCAGGAAAAAUCAGUAGCUGGAAAUGGGGAUUCAGAAACGCAGUCUCCAGUGUUCUUUGGUAGUAGGAAGGAAGACAGUUGUAUAGAGCAUCUCGUGCCUUGCACAAAGUCAGAAGUGCAGAUCAAGUCGGAGGACCCCAAACUAGUAACUUCCUGCCAUCCCGUGGAACGUCGGAAUCAGCUGACUGCUGAGCCAGCCGUGGGCCCUGUUUCUGAAAUUCAGUCAUCCUUAAGAGAUUCUGAGGAGGAGGUAGAUGUGGUGGGAGACAGCGGUGUCUCAAGAGAACAGUGUGAUGAGAACAGUGGGGACCCUCUGGACACAGAUCCUGAAAGCAUGCCAGUCUCCGCAGAGCCAGAACCGUCCUCUACGCUAGACUGUGCUUCAGCUCAAAUGACACCUUUAUCCGAACCGCAAGAGCACCGGUAUACCCUGAGAACUUCGCCUCGAAGGGCGGCUCCAACCAGAGGUAGUCCCACUAAGAGCACGUCUCCUUACAGGGAAAAUGGACAAUUUGAGGAGAGUAACCUCAGUCUCAGUGAAACGCAUACAGUUGUUAGUGAUGAUGUAAGUCAGUCUCCCACAAAUCCUGUUGAAAUUUCUCAAAGUGAAAAGGUUCUGUGUUGUGACUCUCAAAACCAUGGAAGUGAAGGACUAAGUAAGUCACCCUCAGAGGCCACAAUGAAUGUUGGACCCUUGCCGUCUGCCAAAGAGAGUGCCAGUCAGCACCCUGCGGAAGAGGAGGAUGAUGACCCUGAUGUUUAUUACUUUGAAUCAGAUCAUGUGGCACUGAAACACAACAAAGAUUACCAGAGACUGCUGCAGACCAUUGCUGUCCUUGAGGCUCAGCGUUCUCAAGCAGUCCAAGACCUGGAAAGUUUAGGCAAACACCAGAGAGAAGCACUAAAAAAUCCUAUUGGAUUUGUGGAAAAACUCCAGAAGAAGGCUGAUAUAGGGCUUCCAUACCCACAGAGAGUUGUUCAGUUGCCUGAGAUUGUAUGGGACCAAUAUACCAACAGCCUUGGGAACUUUGAAAGAGAAUUUAAAAAUCGCAAAAGACAUACUAGGAGAGUUAAAUUAGUUUUUGAUAAAGUAGGCUUGCCCACUAGACCAAAAAGUCCUUUAGACGCUAAGAAGGAUGGAGAGUCCCUUUCUUACUCUGUGUUGCCUUUGAGUGAUGGUCCAGAAGGCUCCCAUAAUCGUCCUCAGAUGAUAAGAGGUCGCCUGUGUGACGACACCAAACCUGAAACAUUCAACCAGCUGUGGACUGUUGAAGAACAGAAAAAACUUGAACAACUACUUCUGAAAUACCCUCCUGAAGAAGUAGAAUCCCGGCGGUGGCAGAAGAUUGCAGAUGAACUGGGCAAUCGGACAGCCAAGCAGGUUGCCAGUCGUGUACAGAAGUAUUUCAUAAAGCUAACUAAAGCCGGCAUUCCAGUGCCAGGCCGAACACCUAACUUAUAUAUAUACUCCAAAAAGUCUUCAACAAGCAGACGACAGCACCCCCUUAAUAAGCACCUCUUUAAACCUUCCACUUUCAUGACUUCACAUGAGCCACCCGUGUAUAUGGAUGAAGACGAUGACCGGUCUUGUUUCCAUGACCACAUGAACACUCCUGCUGAGGAGGCAUCGGAUGAGGAAAGCAUUCCUAUCAUGUAUAGGAGUUUGCCUGAAUAUAAAGAACUAUUACAGUUUAAAAAGUUAAAGAAGCAGAAGCUCCAGCAGAUGCAAGCAGAAAGUGGGUUUGUGCAGCAUGUGGGCUUUAAGUGUGAUAACUGUGGUGCAGAACCUAUCCAGGGUGUCCGGUGGCACUGCCAGGAUUGUCCUCCAGAAAUGUCUCUGGAUUUCUGUGACUCUUGUUCAGACUGCCCACAUGAAACAGAUAUUCACAAGGACGAUCACCAGUUAGAGCCUGUUUAUAAGUCAGAGACGUUCUUAGACAGAGACUACUGUGUGUCCCAGGGCACUAGUUAUAGUUAUCUUGACCCCAACUACUUCCCAGCCAACAGAUGACAUGGAAGAGAGUGUCGGCUCUAGUUCUCGUCAGCACACAGCAAUGGCAUCAUUGUUGAAGGUGUGCUCCCCGAGUGUUCUCGUCAAGUACAGCUCUGCACCGCGUGGCUCUAGAUCAGCAGCUGAACAUUCCUGGUGAGCUGAGCGUUUCCCUGGUGAGACUCCACCACCACCUUAAAGCCUUGUAGGUGGUGAUCUGAGAUGGGCAAGAUGGAAAUGAGAGCACGCGUUAACGCGAGAGUAAAUCCCAAAGGUUUCAGAGACCUCGGUCAUAAGUAUGGUGAUGGAAGCCAAGGUAUUUAUAUUAAGUCAGUUUAGUGGCUUUCAGUUUUGUGAAAAUAGUUUUCAGCGCAGAAACUGACUCAUAGACGAAGUUCUAACCAAUGCUGGUGUUUGCUUCUAGGAUGUGUACUCUAAAAGAACUCUGUCCGGUGGUCACUGAUGGCCUUUAGUAGACUGGAGCUGCGUAACGGUUUGAUACCUAACUUUUAAUCACGAUGAACUGUCCUUACCAAGAGCAAAGCGUGAGGCGGCUGCGCUCUGCUCCCGUAACCAGCUCAUGAGGCGGCUGCGCUCUGCUCCCGUAACCAGCUCAUGAGGCGGCUGCGCUCUGCUCCCGUAACCAGCUCAUGAGGCGGCUGCGCUCUGCUCCCGUAACCAGCUCAUGAGGCGGCUGCGCUCUGCUCACGGUGCGAGUGUCGUGCAGCUGUCACGCAGAUACACUCUUAGAGUCAUGUUAUAAAGAUGAUCAUGUGAUGUGUGCAGACUGUGGUGAACAGUGCCAGUGGUAGACUGUAAAGUCUGAGUCACAGCGUUAAUCCCUUGAGAUACACAGCCUUCUGCCUCUGUAUUCAGAGUUGUCCGUACAACUCAAAGAAAACUGCCUAAUAUAAAAAUCAUAUAUAUGGUGAUCAUUUUUCCCUCUUUUGUAGUCUGCACAAGAUCCAUAAAAGAUUGUAUUUUUAUUACUAUUUAAUGAGUGAUUAAAUGUAGUCUGCACAGUGAGCAAGCGUUCACAAGCAUUCUUUUAUACUGCUGGAUUUCGUUGUGCAUCAUUUAAAACAUUUUGUACGUUUCUUAUCUGUCUGCAGUAUGUUCUUGAAAUGUUCACUUAUCGGGAUAACUGUGAGAAAUAAACUAUGUGGAUAUGUUGUUUAUAUUAUAGAAUGCUCGUCGUGGCCUCCUUUCAGCAAGUUGUUAGCUAGAAUUCAUCACUUGAAAGCCUGCUCCAUCUGUGUGCGCUUUCUGUUCUCUACAGAGGGUGAAGAGUGUGAGCUUGCGUCCUGCUGGGGGUGCUAGUGUCUGUCCAGUGUGCUGCACACUGCAAGGCAGGGCGCUCACCAACGUUCACACGGGGUCUCGGGAUGAGGCGGACAGUUCAUGCGAGUAGUUCCGUCCUGACAAGUCAAGUCCCGUGUAUAGAAACAGGUGAUUUCCAACAGUUAUCAACCAGGAAAAGAUAGUAUGUUCUAUGGUGGAUUAAGUAUUAUACUAGUCUUGUUUUUAACCUUGUUUGUUUUUCCUGUUUUUAAGUUCAGGGAACAUUAUUUACCAAUUCUUUUCAAUACUUAGCACUAAAGUAUUAAAAUCUACCCUGAAAUUUUUUAAGUAAGAAAAAUAGAAUUUUAAAUAUGGAAAUGAGAGUUUUAAAUAAUAUAUUGAUAAUGUAUCACUGGUCAUAUUGAUGCAGUCUAUUGUGCUCAGAAAGAAAAGUUGACAGGCUUUUAUCUCUGGGUCAUUGGUGAAGGAGAGAGGUGUUUCUAUACUAAAUGCUCAGUUCACAGCCAGAGGGCUGCCUUCCAUCUGUAAAUAUGCAGGACAGGGACAGCUGUCUGUAUAGAAGUAGUACCAGAUCACUCUGGAGAGCAGUUUCCAUCCAUCCACAAAUCCCAUGAAGCUUGAAACACCCCUUGGAAGGGGGUGAGCGAUGCAGCUGUAGUGACAUCAAGAGUGGACAAACACUUGAACGCCUUUCUCAAAGCCAAGGUUUUAGGCGGAGGUCAUGAUGGGGUUUUUCCUGUUUGAACAGAAGAUGGAUUUAUUUUGGAUUUUUCAGCUCUAAGCACAUCAUCCCUAUGACUUGGUGGGAAUGUUUUCUUGUAAUUUUAUUGGAGGAUUGCAGAGUGGGCGGUGCUCUUCUUUGUGUGUGGACUUUCCAUCUGUCUGCAAUGAAUACUGGCUGCUGACCGCUGUACUUGAGAAGCAGUGUUGUGAAGUGUCUUAGUAGGUCAGAUUUAUGUUGUGGCAUGUGAUGCUCAAGGUGUUUGCUACCAAUAACAAGCCAAAGCUGAUGUUGGGGAGAGGCACCAAUAGCAAAUGCCGAGACAGUCCUUACAGAGCAAAAAGCAAGCAUGUGGUAGGCAGCUCACUGGGUUCUCAAGCCAAUGAGGCAGGUUCAUUUAUUGCCCUGUUUUCAUGGGAGACCUAGCCAGAAAGAAACAAAUGCCUCGAGGCAUAUUGUUAGUGUAGUGAUGAGACCUGCCUUUAAGAUUUGUCUGCGUUAGGCUUGGUUUCCUAAGCAGGAACAACCCCCACUGUCAGGUACUCUGUACUCGGUGUGGUUUUGAUACCUUUGUUUCUUGUGCAUUGCUAGAGUACAAACCUGGGCCCGUGGUCACAUUCGUGACACAGGAGAGAGAUCCGUGAGUGGCUGGAGGUGACUCGCAGGAGCACACACGCAUACAUGCAUCUCCAUUUCCCCCACCUGACCCGUGGUGUCCUUUGACUCCUCUCUCCCUUCUUUCACUUAGAUCCCAGGACACAGCUGACUGAGGUACGAGAAUAGUAUUUAAAGGGUGACAGAAAGUGAUCUCCUGCUGUACUAGACAAGUCUUGUGUUGUGACAUUUCCCUUACGGCCAUGUGAGAUAUGAUGAAUGAACUUUAUUACUGUGGACAGCACGUUUAAAGCCAUGGUUCUGGGUGCCCUGGAGGAAGCGAGCGUCUCCAGGCAUUCAUUGUCCUUUUUAAGCCUAUAGAGUUCUGGUUUUCAGUGGCAGAGUUAGUAACUGCUAUUCAUGUGAUCCCAGAGGAAGCCAAAACCCACUGCUUUGCUUACAGGGAGUAUGUAUCUGUUAAAUGGAGUGAUUUCUGAGAGUUGUGUCACAUUGAGCUUCUUGAGAACACAGUCCAUAUCUGUGUCUCUAGGCUCUGACCGUUUAGCAGAUUCUCUACAGUAAUUGUUGGUUAUAUGACCCAGAGUUUUGCUAAGUUAAACUUUUUUUUCUUUAGAGGUAGUGGGGCCCAGUACAGAGGUGCCAGUAACUCUCAGGAGGCCCCUUGACAUGCCCCAGAGAACAGCCUCUACGUCCAACUUAACCAGUCAGAUCAUCCAUGGGUGUGGCUCCAUCAUGCUCGCUGGGAUGUUUUGGGUUCUAUCACAGCUGGGAAAGUGAAGUACCUUUGAUUGAGUUCUAGGAACUAGUUACUGAUUUGCACUGCGUGUAAUGGGGAAAUGAAAGGCACUGAAACUUAUAACAUGCUAUUUCUUAGUAGUAACAGAUGUGUUGGGAACUGCGAUAGAAAAUCCAGGCCUCUGUGGAGCUUAUAGACCAGCCCAGAAGACAACAAUGUGCAGAUAAACGUAAAUAGCCCUUAGUUAAAUAAAAGAACAGCAGUGUGAAGAGCAUUGUCAUCUUAGGUUGAGAAGCCCUCAGUGGCAAGGGUAAUCAGUUUGGAGUGUGGGAACUAGCUGUGUGGAUCAGCUGUAGGAAAAGGCAAGAGGAUGUCAGUGGUCAGGGCCAGAGCCAGCCAAGAACUUGGUUUGCUUGGGCAGCUUUGAAGGCAGGCGCUGUGGCUUGAGCAGAUGUGUGAGAGGGAGGGAGGGCACAGACCAGUUCGGGUGUGGUCUUGAGUAUAGGUCAUAGCCAGGGAGUUGACAUUUGUGUUUUGAUGUUGUCUUUGGAAGACUGGUUUGCAUUCCCAGGUACUGAUUUCUUUCUGUUGAAGUUUUCCAAAGUAGCUGCCACCUGAUGGAACCCCGGGCUGGUCUCCCUGCCUGUCUGCGUCCUCAUUUCCUCAUCCAGAGUUGUGGGUGUGGUGUUUGCCAGUGUGUGUUUUGUGUUUGGAGACUGUUAGUCCCUAGAGUUGCUUGUUUAAGCUUUGAUCCUGUAGCAGCACUUGGCAUCUUUGCUCAGAUAUCCAUGUUCCCCUGUCGGGAGUGUGACAGCCUGGGGUAGUGUAAGCAUUCACAGCUGUGUGGAUCUGGGAACAUGAUGCACCCUUGCUGGUAAGAGACCUGAUUGUAACCAAAGAAACUUACUUUCUUGUCCAGCGUUCCUGUUUAGGAGCCAGUGCUAGGGAAAAAGAAAUAGGAAAAUGACCAUGUAUCAUGAAUACAUUCACAAUUUCUCUGUAAUAGCUCAGAUCUGGUCUGUGGCCAAAGUUCAAACCAUAUAAGUGGAUCAUAAUUUUAAACUAUUACUGUGUUUGCUUCUGUUUGGAAUGAAAGCUGUCAAAGGCUUUCUAGAAUGAU